AUGAAUCUUUGGUCAUCAGAUGACAUUAAUGGUUCCUCUUCUUCUCCUUUACUAACGAUGGACUCUUACCAACCUUCCCACACCCCUUCCGCCACCACCACCGCUACCAUCACAGCGCAAGACACCCUUCAAAGCCGACUCCAAGCGUUGAUUGAUCACCCCGCCACCGUCCGCGGCGAGAGCUGGACCUACGCUAUAUUCUGGCAGUACAGCGUUGAUUUUUCCGGUCAACCUCUCCUAGGGUGGGGCGAUGGGUAUUACAGGGGAGAAGAUAAGAACACUCGAAAGGAUAAGGUUGAAAAUAGUAACAAAAUUUUGCAGGAUUCAGCUGAGCAAGAACACCGGAAAAAGGUGCUCCGUGAGCUGAAAUCCCUCAUUUCCGGUGCUUCGCCGUCGGAGGAUUCCCCCGUCGAGGAGGAAGUAACCGAUACUGAGUGGUUCUUCCUCAUUUCCAUGACUCGUACUUUUGCCAGCGGUGAGGAUUUACCGGGUCAGGCCCAUUUGAGCUCUAACCCGAUUUGGGCUGCGGGGGUCGACCGUCUUUCUACCUCGCCGUGUCAUCGGGCUAAACAAGGGUCGUGUUUCGGCCUUCAGACGAUGGUAUCGAUCCCGGUGUUGAACGGCGUUGUUGAGCUGGGGUCCACUGAGUUGAUUUUUCAGAGUCAUGAUUUGAUGAACAAGGUUGGGAUGAUGGAUAAAGUUGUUGCGCUGCAUUUUUUAAUAUUGGAGUGGAACAUCUACCCCAAUGUCUCAACUUAUAACUGGUUGAUUGGGGCCGGUGAUACUUAG